AUGAUGAUGAGAUCCAUUGUGUGUUUACUGGUUUUUCUGUUGAGUGUGGCCUCUGUCUGCGUGAAAGCUAACGAGGAACCUGGACCUGAACCUGCUCCUUCGGAUUGCACCACAGGUCCUUGUCCAAAAAUAGAAGCAACAAAACCAGUUCCUCCUCCUCCUGUACUUCCUCUUGAAGCUGUUGCUGGUGCUAAAGGUGAUACAUGUCCUGGUGAUGGUACUAGUGAUACUUGUGGUGAAGGUGCUGCUGAAGAUCCACGUGGUGAUGGAGGUGAUACUGAUAAGGAUGUAUCUAAAGCAAAGAAUACUGGUCCAACGGUACAAUUACCUGAAGCUCCACCCAGAGAGAGUCCUGUUGUUAGUGAUAGUACAUCAACUAAAAGACCUGAUGGAGCACAUCCCGCUGGUGCUCAAGCUGAAGAAGAGAAUCAGAAACCUCAAGGUGGGGAAACUCCAAAUGGUAAUGCUUCUCAAGCUGCGGAGGAAAGCGGUGUUCCUGCAGGUGACCCUCAACCUCAACAAAGCGGCAACAGUACAACAGAAGGAAAUGCAACUAACCAGGGAGGUGAAGCAGCACAAACUUCGCCGUCUACCAAUACUUCAGCCACCGGGAAUGAUGCUGCAAACGAUGGGAAUGACAAUACAACAACGGGGAGUGAAUCCACAAACAACAACGAAGGUGAUGCAGAUAAUACAGAAACCACCACCACCACAACAACAACACUUCCUCCUGAACUCACAAACAACAAGAAGGGUGAUGCAGACAGCAGCAGCAGUAUCAGCAGUUCUGUGUGGGUGCGUGUGCCACUACUGAUUGUGGUUACACUGGCCUGUAUUCUUGUGUGCUGA